ACAGCAUCAAAGGAUUCCCUGGAGGGACAAAAAAAACAAAAAACAAAGCAUCAAACACUUCAAACUUCAAACGUUUGAAACAACUACAAAAUCCCAUUGCCAACCAUACUCCUCUUCCAAAUACGAAACUCGGUCCACACUCCAAUUGGCCACCAUAACUCCAUAAGCCGCCGUGGCUGCAACCAUGCAAAGCCAAUUGCCACUCAAACCUCUUCCCUCUCUCUUAUUUGUUCAUCAUUAUUAUUUUUAUUUUUUAUAAUUCAUGUUUUAUACAUGAUUGAUGCUAGUUAUUAUUAAGUAAUUUGAUUUGAUUUUAAGUAAUUCUGUUUACAUUUAUUUAUGAAGGUUGAAAUCAGUGACACAAUCUGGGUAAGCGAAGCUACAAUAAUGCAUUUGAUAAAUCAGGUUGAAAUUAGUGACACAAUCUGGGUAAGCGAAGCUACAAUAAUGCAUUAGAUAAAUCAGGUGGCUAUUGCUCUAUCUAUUCUUUCAAUUUUGUUUUAUUUGGUACAGCUGAAGAAAGUAUAACUAUAAACUAUGUCCAACUUAGUCUUAUGUAUCAGCUGGAGAAAAUUUUAUUUUGUUAUAAUUUCAAAUUGUGCAUGGUAUUUAUCUUUUUUGUAAUUCUUUUUCAAUUUAAAUUUCUAAUUAUAAAAAUCUGGAUCUGGAUAUUUAAAAACCUAUAAAAAAAAGUAGGACACAAAAAUUAAUUGAAUGUGUAGACAAAUUUGUUAUCACAAUAAAUAAAACAUAAAUUUUAUGUUUAUCAUGCUAAUUAACUUUGUGAUUGCAUUAUAAAAUCUUAUAUUUGCAUCCUACUAUUAAAAUUAUAUAUUUUUAUUUUAGUGAAUAACUGAUCAUUGUUAAAAUCUUAGAUGCAAUUAAAAUAUGGCUAUACAUUAGGAAUUGGCAGCCAUGUAAACAUUCACUUAGCAAACGGAUUAUGACUUAUUAUAUAAUAUUGCCAUUCACUCACUUUAUUUAGAAAUAAUCCAAUCCAAUUCAAAAGUAAUGGAUUGAAUUUUUAUUAUUGAAAUUUAAGCCCUAAAUAACUUCUAGCCUGUUCUUCAAAAAAAAAAAAAAAAACCCUUCUAGCCUAGCUCAGUAAACCGAAACAGAUCCUGAUUAAAACCAAUUCCAGCAUCUUUACCUAAAUUAAACCCAACCAAAGCCCAGCUCCCCUAAAAUCAAAAUUAUGCCUAAACAAUUGAAAAAUAAGACAUUUGCUCUCUUUUUCUUUUUUCUUUUUUCAAAUCAUUAUUGUUAUUAUUUUUUUAUAACUUAUUCACAGGGGAAGGGGAAAAGCUAAUUUGAAAACUUACAAGACAUUUGCCAAAUCAAGCACUAAUGUUUGAGAUUUAUUCCUUAAGGCGCAACUCUUGUAAGACAAUUUUAUUUAAGUAGUAAUAGUUACAUAUUUUAUAUACAGAACACACAAUUGAAAUUGUGUUUUAUGUUUUGAUAGAAUGUAUAUACAACAAUGUAUAACAAGCUGUGUAACAAGAAUUAGCGAGAUCGUAGGGAAUGUUACUAUACAUUGUAAUAGACACUACUCAAAUAACUAUAUUUUAUGAAUAACUAUUUUAAAAAUAAAAAAUAGUUAUUCAUUAUUAUAAGUCUUUUUUUAGUCUUAAUAUUGAAUAGAAAUUUAUAAUUUAUUUAUUACAACUUAUAGAAAUUUGAGAGAAAGUUAAAAAAAAAUGGUAAUACAUUAUUUUUAUUAUUAUUAAGCUUAAUGUAUAUCAAUCAUUCACCUCAUUUAGAGCUUUAACAGCUUCACCGGGUAGAGUCUCUUCUUUGCUCGCAAGCUUAACGCUAUGACUUUUUUACUAAUGUGCACCGACCAUUUGGGUGGAAAUUUCAUUUCUUAGUCAAAGAAAUUUCUUUCACUCCUUAAGGCUUAAGGGCGAAGAGUUUCUUUUUUUUUUUUUUUAACAAAAUUUCAUUUUCACUCCUUAAGGCUUAAGGGCGAAGAGUUUCUUUUUUUUUUUUUUUAAACAAAAUUUCAUUUUCACUCCUUAAGGCUUAAGAAGGUCGAAGAGUCUGUAUUUAAAAAAAAAAAAACAUUUUCAUGCCUUGGGGCUUAAGGGCGAAGAGUUUGUAUAUAUAUGUAUCAGAACUAACCCAAGUUCAUAGCCCAAACCUUUCUCUCUUUCUAUAGCCUGUGUAUUUUUCUCAUGAAUCCUGUCUCUAUGAAAGCGCCUUCUGAUCAACUCUUGCCAACAAGAGUUGAGCAUAAUACGGUGCUGAAUAUCACUAUGGCUACUCCCAACGCACAUUCUGCUAAUAGUAAUACCCAGGUGAGCUGGGGUCGGAGGUUCUGGUUGUUUAUUGCUUUGGUAAGCUUUCUGUGUGCUUUAAGCAUAUUUACUGAAAGCCAAUUCUAUGCUUACACAAUUGGAAUUCAUGGCACUUAUGCUCACAUCAUCUACUAUUUUGUUGGGGUGACCCUCUCUGCAGCCAUACAAGUUUCACUCAUACACCCUGGCUGCUGCACUGUUUUUCUUGAAAAUUAUAAACGGUGUUUCAUUCUCAAAUCGUGUGGGGGCUAUUUAGUUAUGUUUACAAUCUGUUUUCUCAGUUCUGGAACAGGGCUUCCAUAUUUAGGCCUUUCUUCUAAUGGAACAGCACCAAACCCAGCAGUGGCUGUGGCUCUGGCCCCAUAUAGAUCACAAGCCUUUUCCGAAAUUGCAGGGUUACUAGCCUCUGCACUUCUUACCGUCAAUGCCCUCUCUAUAAUCAUCUUGCUUAGGCCUGCCAAACACAACACAAUCUUUGAAGUUGCCGCAACAUUGACUAUGGAAUCAGCCAUUGCGUUGCUGUACAAGUACCCCUAUGUUACAGUUGCUGCAGCAGUAUUUAUCAUGGCAAUGACUAUUGAAAAAUUUCCUCUGCUGUGAUCACCAGGAGUAACCUAUGCAUGAGAAGUUUUUUUUUUUUUUUUUUUUAAUAAAUUUUUUGGUAAUUGUGUAUACUCUUUUAAAUUUAUCUAUUUCUUUGAAAUUGGGCAAAUACUGAUGCCUUAGCCAAGAGAGGCUGAUCAUUAUUGUAAGAUCUCAACUUAUUUAUCAAAGAAUGUUGGGUUUUUUUUUU